AUGGCAGAAGCUUACGCUCUGAUUGGGUCAGCCAAGAGCCAACAGAGAAGUUUCGCUGAAUCAAUCCGGUGUUUUCAAAAAUGCCUGGAUAUAUGCGAAGAUUUAGGAGAUACUCGCUUCAAAAUCAAGACCUACGGACACAUGGGCGCAGUGUACAGAAAUCUUGGACAAAUUCGUCAAGCUAUAGAGUGCUUCGAAAAAGAACUUCACCUUGCAAGAGAGAGAGGAGACAUGGAUCUGGAAUUUCACGCUCACACUAAUUUGGGACUUUGCUACCGCGAUGUCGGGGAAUACUCUCGGGCUCUUGGCUGCUACGAAAAAUCGCUUGAUGUUGCUAUGGCGACAGGAAGUAGGCAAGACGAGUGCGGCACUUACGCUAAUUUGAGUAAUGUGUAUCGUUACCUUGGUAACGCGAGGAAAGCUCUGAUAUAUGCAAAGAAGUCUCUCGAGUUGUCUAAAGUGUUAGGGGACCUCAGAGGGCAGUUUGCCGCCAACGGUGGAAUGGGAAACGCCUACUGCACAUUGGGUGAUAACCAAGCCAGUUUAACCUGCUUUCAAGAGAACGCCAAUCUUGCCAGGAAAAUUGGAGACAAAGCGCUGAUUGCUCGUGCAGAGUACAGCUUAGGGCUCGCUUCUCGGUUCAGCGAAGACUACAGAAAAGCACUUACUCAUCACAGGACAGCUGAACGCCUGUUUAAGGAAUCUGGAAUGAGGCUGCCUACUUAUCACGCCAUGUUAGGCAGUGCCUACUGUCUGCGCAUGUUACAGGAGUACAAAGCGGCUGGUAGCAUUUACCAAGAAUGCAUUAAUGAUUAUGAAGAACUGCGCUCGCACCUGGGAAAUCAAGAAAAUCUUAAAGUUUCAAUCGGGGAUUUGCAUGUCAUUGUGUACAAAGCUCUUGCUUACACGAUGCUUCAAGAUGGCGAAGGAAGGGAUGCUUUGUUGGUAGAAGAUCGCGGGCGUGCCGUGGCAUUGAAAGAUCUUCUAUACCAUAAGUUUGCAGUGAAGUCAGUAUACAAGCUAAUUAAGGAGCAGGGCACAGAAGAUGCUAAACGUGUUUCCAGGUUUGUUGAUAAACUGCGAGAGGAUGAUGAACUGACUACACUUUUCUACUCAUUCUUCAAUGGUCAGAUGUGUAUCUGGGUUGUUUCAAACACCUGCGUGGACUGGGUACGACCAUGGGGAGAGAAAGAAACUGAAAAGUACUGGGCGCUAAUGAACCUUGUUGAUACGUCACUAACACAGAUCAGAGAGGAACUGAAAGGAGAAGUUGAAGACAGAGAGAUAUCCGCUUCCGAAGCAGACGAUUACGAAGAUGUUUUUGCUGUCCACGAGUCAGCGUCAGUACCCUGGAUUCAUCCGGUUAGACAUUCAGGAAAUUUCAAAGAUUUUGAAGUAGAUUCCAGCAGAAAGGGUGUUCCAAAGAGUUGCGUGAAAACUAAACUCAGUGAUGUCUCUGACCAAGGCAAUCCUCUACGCCAGUUAUACAACAUCCUGAUCAAACCAGUUGAGCAUCUCAUCCGAGGAAACAAGCUGUUGAUCAUUCCAGAAGCCGCCCUCUAUCGACUUCCUUUUUCUGCUUUACUGGAUGGUGGAGCAAUUUUUCUUUGCAAGAAGUAUAGUGUACAAAUGUGUACCUCACUCGAGACAUUGGCGAUUAUUUCUGAGCGUUCCAAGCAAGAUUGCCAGGGUGGGGCCCUUGUGAUUGGUAAUCCACUAGUAGGGCGUGUCUGCCGGAGAGGUGAAGAGGUUAACCCCUCUGGCCUACCUGGGGCGCAAAGAGAAGCUGAGUUAGUUGGAUCUCUCCUCAAUUCUGCUCCCCUCAUACAGCGCAUGGCUACCAAGUCCGCCGUUAUGAAACGUCUUUCUAAAGUAAGCAUAGUUCACAUUGCUGCCCAUGGGGAUCCGGUCAAAGGCGAGAUUGUUCUCGCGCCAGAUCCAGACCCCGCUCGAAAUAACCGCCUGCCUACCGAGGAUGAGUAUAUGUUGACAUGCGCAGAUAUAGCCUCGUUGAGCCUGCGAGCUCGUCUGGUAGUUCUCAGCUGCUGUCAAACUGCACAAGGAGACAUACGGGCCGAAGGGGUUGUGGGUAUUGCUCGCUCAUUCUUGGGGGCUGGUGCGAGAGCAGUGGUUGUGUCUUUGUGGGCUAUCGAUGACGAAGCCACUUUAUCUUUCAUGGAACUGUUUUAUAAUCACCUGACCAAACAAGGACUCUCUGUGUGUCAAGCGUUACAGCGAAGCAUGUUAACUCUACAAGGGAGAGAANCUACCUGGGGCGCAAAGAGAAGCUGAGUUAGUUGGAUCUCUCCUCAAUUCUGCUCCCCUCAUACAGCGCAUGGCUACCAAGUCCGCCGUUAUGAAACGUCUUUCUAAAGUAAGCAUAGUUCACAUUGCUGCCCAUGGGGAUCCGGUCAAAGGCGAGAUUGUUCUCGCGCCAGAUCCAGACCCCGCUCGAAAUAACCGCCUGCCUACCGAGGAUGAGUAUAUGUUGACAUGCGCAGAUAUAGCCUCGUUGAGCCUGCGAGCUCGUCUGGUAGUUCUCAGCUGCUGUCAAACUGCACAAGGAGACAUACGGGCCGAAGGGGUUGUGGGUAUUGCUCGCUCAUUCUUGGGGGCUGGUGCGAGAGCAGUGGUUGUGUCUUUGUGGGCUAUCGAUGACGAAGCCACUUUAUCUUUCAUGGAACUGUUUUAUAAUCACCUGACCAAACAAGGACUCUCUGUGUGUCAAGCGUUACAGCGAAGCAUGUUAACUCUACAAGGGAGAGAAGAGUUUAAAAGGAUCUCUGACUGGGCCCCAUUUUAUGUUAUUGGAGAAGACGUGAAGUUCAGUAAUGAAGAAAUGGAGCAAUGGAGGAAUAAAGCCGCCCCUGGCAACAAAAACUAA